CUAAGCGAUGUGGGCGUGGAGAGAUGGUCCGCCAUGUUUAUUGCAUGACAAGUGACAAGGGAAUGUAUCUUGAUGACAGCGAAUGCGAGACCAGCCGGAAACCAGCAACGAUCGCCACGUGCGUCAAGAUGGCGUGUCCUCAGCCACAGUGGUUCGUCCAUGAAUGGACAGAAUGUGCAGGUCGAUGCGAGGAAGGUUGGCAGCGACGUCAGGUCGAGUGUAAGACCCACGAUGGUGAGAUCAGUGAUCAAUGUGAUCUCAACAGCCGUCCUAUAGAUGCGAGGAGGUGUGAAAUGUCUUGCGAGGAAGAACUGGCUACACAGGAUGAGUGCAUUGACAACUACAACUUUGCAUAUUGUCCACUGGUGCUAAAGUUUCGAUUCUGUGACAGGGAGUAUUUCUUGAAGAUGUGCUGUAAAACCUGUCAAAUUUCUGGCGCUGCAGGGUACAGCUAAUGAAAACCACACUGUUAGUACAGCUAGAAAAUUAAUACGCAAACCCGUUAGCGAUUUUACUUAUAUUAGUUGAGUGGUUGGAGAUGAGUGUGCUUUUCUUGUAUGUUUUUGGCGCAAACAAACAUUAUGUAAACAUGUGCUACGCUUUAACUGUCAUAAUUAUAAAACUGACAUGUUACAUUAUUUUAUAUACCAUUUCAUAAUUGUCGUCUCUUUACAAAUACUUCGAGUAAAACACCUUUUUGAAUUGAAGCUUUACUUGUGUUUUAAAGACUUCCAGGUAUGAGGUAUCAACAAUGAACAUGUGCUGUAUUUUAGGAUAUUUGUGGCAGUGGCCAGUUUUGUAAUAUGGCCCAGGUACGUCUUUUAAUAAGAUUGGUAUAUGUAGUUAAAAUGGUUAUUUAUGAUGUUUAUAGAACAAUGAUAAUGACGAUAAUGAUAAUGUAUAAGGAUUCCUGCGGACUAAUACUGGUGUGUAAAAUGAAUAAAUGCCUGAAUCGAGUUUUACCAGCUCCGUGUAGACGGCCGGGUCUAACAUUUUAUCUGAGGAAACUGAAGUCAGACGAAAUUGAGACGGUCAUCCAUCCAUCCGUCUAGAUUCAGCUCAAGUUCGCAGAAAAAGUAGGCCUAAACGGUUCUGUGACACUAUUUUGCCUCAUAAUUUAGUGUCCUGAAACGGGAGUUUUACUC